GGCAGGGGGCGCAGCCGCCACCGGAAGGAGCCCGCCGCCUCCUGCCCCGCUCCCUCCAUGGCGGCGCCAGCGGCUCGGCCGCUCGGAGCGUGAGGCGAUCCCCCCGCUCCUUCUCCCGCCGCCGCCAUGACCGAGGAGCCGUACGAGAAGUUCCUGGCCCCCGACGAGCCGUGCCCGCUCCUCUCGCACCAGCACCCGCCGCGCGGCGGCAGCUGGAGCCUGAGCGAGGAGGGCUGCCUGGACGUCAGCGACUUCGGCUGCCAGCUCUCGUCCUGCCACCGCACCGACCCGCUGCGCCGCUUCCACUCCAACAGGUGGAACUUGACUUCUUGUGGAACUAGCGUGGCCAGCUCAGAGUGCAGUGAGGAGCUGUUCUCUUCGGUUUCAGUUGGCGACCAAGAUGACUGCUAUUCUCUGUUGGAUGACCAGGAGUUCACCUCUUUUGAUUUGUUCCCUGAGGGCAGUGUCUGCAGUGAUGUCUCUUCCUCUAUCAGCACGUACUGGGACUGGUCAGACAGCGAGUUUGAAUGGCAGUUGCCUGGCAGUGACAUUACAAGUGGGAGCGAUGUACUUUCUGAUGUUAUACCUAGUAUUCCAAGCUCUCCGUGUCUGCUUCCAAAGAAGAAAAACAAGCAUAGGAAUCUUGAUGAACUUCCAUGGAGUGCAAUGACAAAUGAUGAGCAGGUUGAAUAUAUUGAAUAUUUGAGUCGCAAAGUGAGCACAGAGAUGGGCCUUCGAGAGCAACUUGACAUUAUUAAAAUUAUUGAUCCUACUGCGCAGAUCUCACCUACAGAUAGUGAAUUCAUUAUUGAACUGAACUGUCUCACAGAUGAGAAACUGAAACAGGUGAGAAACUAUAUCAAGGAACACGGACCUCGUCAGCGAUCUGCAAGGGAAAACUGGAAGAGGAGUAGCUACAGUUGUGCAAGUACCAGUGGUGUGAGCGGUGCCAGUGCCAGCAGCAGUAGUGCCAGCAUGGUCAGCUCAGCAAGCAGCAGUGGUUCUAGCGUUGCUAACUCUGCGUCAAACUCAAGUGCCAACAUGAGUCGAGCACACAGUGAUAGUAAUUUGUCCACAAGUGCUGCAGAAAGAAUCCGGGAUUCAAAAAAACGUUCCAAGCAACGGAAACUACAGCAAAAGGCCUUACGCAAGAGACAGCUGAAAGAACAAAGACAAGCUCGUAAGGAAAGACUGAGUGGAUUAUUUCUUAAUGAAGAAGUGCUCUCUUUAAAAGUGACUGAGGAGGACCAUGAAGGAGAUGUGGAUGUUUUAAUGUGACAGGGGUGAAUUUAUCAGUGUUCUUUCUAAGCCUUAAAUGUAUUAUUCUUAUUGUUUACAUAUAUUUCUUGACCAAAUUUUGAUUAGUGUUAACAAUAUAAACCAGAUCUUUUCUCAAGUAUAAUUUUGGUAAGACAUUCUAAGAAUUGAGUAACUUCAGCUUUUUGAGACUAAUUUUGCAACUAAGACUUCAGAAAAUUAAUUGACUUCGGAAAAGCUGCUGAAUAGAUAAAUUCUUUGUAAGGAAAAUUGAAUUUGGCUGACAUGCUACUUGCAAGACGUAAGUCUAGGGAUGCUUUCAGAUGACACUAAGUAUGCAGUACUAUGCUUCAGCUUUUUUUUGUUUUCGCCUAGUUAGCAUUAAUAUUACACUUAGCUUGCUUUGUCUCUUCCUUUCUUGUUAGAAAGAUAGUUUAGCAUGAGAUAAAAAAUAAGAGUUCUGUAAGGCUUUCUUCAGUAUUUCUCUUGGAUCAUACAGAAUCAAAAUACUGUGAUAAAUCCAAUUUCUAGAAGUUUCAAUUUAACUCAAACUGCAUAGAAAGCAAGAAGCAGAACUUCUAAUGCAAAAAAUGUAUAUACACAAAUAAUACCUAAUGAUACAGUUAUUUAGAAAGCAUUUAGAGUCAAAAAUGAAAACAAAAAUUGCAAACUUAGUCUUUAAAAAGUUAUUUUGCUGCUCAAUAUCUCUUAGUCUGAUCAUUAGUAACGGUUGACUAGUACAUCCCUAGUAUUGCUAUAAAGAGAUUGAAAGAAAACAUCGUUAUGCAUUAAAAGUACAUUAAUCUUCAGUAAAGUUGUCUAGGACACUACUUAAAAUAGCUUAAAAUGCUAGUGGAAACAGAAGUGCAAACAGGUGGCACACAACUUUGGUGGCUUUUUCUUCCCCCUGGAAUUUUAUCUAAAUUGAUUCAUGUUGUAGGCAAGAGAACUUAACACAGCUGUGUCAUACAAUUAUGUUUACUCCUUUACCACCCAACUGAGGAUGGGUCUUCCAUGCUGGUUGUUGCACAAUUAUUAAUGUGCUUCAGAAUCCUGCUUUUGUUGUCUAUCUGCUUUUGAAGUAUCUCUUGCUAAGAAAAUUAGGUAAAAUUAUUUUUUUUCAGGUAGGGAGGUAAAAGUAGUUGUUUUAACAUGUUUCCUAAUCAUGACAAUCUGUAAAGUGACUUCUGUCUUCAUCUUGGAACUACGUGUUACAAAACUCCUUUCCCUCCAACCUGAGAUGAAAUGGAUAGCUCUAAAUUUCAGAGUGAAAGUUGAGGAGUUCAAGUAUUUUCUAUUUCUGAGUUCAGGAAGGUGAUUUUCUUACUACACUGAUGCUUUACUAUUUUAAUUUUGCUCUCAUGAAUUAAGGUGUCUGGCAAUUUAGUAUGGUCACAGGUGCCUGUAAAUGCAGGAUAUAGCCUAAUCCUGCAGAAUUGCAUGAUUCACUUUAUGUAGAGAUUUGGGACUACUCAUUCAUUUUGCAUGUCCUGCACACACUUUUUUGCCAUGACAGCUGAAGUAUAUUUAUUUCAGAAGUGGCAUUCCAUGUAGCCUGAAAAUAAUCUAACCAAUAAAAUAUCUGAACAGUGGCCUCUGAAAGGGCUUCAGUAGGAAAUAAAUGAUGUCCAUAGUCUAACUAGUCUAUGUGAACUCAGUCACUCAUUGCAGCCAGACUUGGCUAUUAAUAAAAGCUAUGUAAUGUCAUUUUCAACUUGAAUGUUAGCUACCCCAUAUUGCCAGUCAUUUGGCUGCAAACCAGAAGUGACUCUAAUCUGUUAGUAUUUGCUUGCAGUGCAUUAUAGCUGGAUGACACCUCUCUUCUUCCUGUAGAAACAAUACUAAAAACUUUUUAGCUGUGUACAAGUUAUUAAGAAUUUAGAUUGACUUGUAUCUGCAGCUUUUUAAAUGGAUGGGAGAAGAAAAUCAAUUGCUGUCAAUUCAGCUAAUUUCAGGAUGCAGUAGCUGCACUCUUGCAACUUACUAUGGCAGUAAUGGAUGAAUUCAUCAUGAAACAUUUCACUGUGUGUACUGUCACAGCUGAGUAUAACCUUUAUUUUCCACAGUGAUUUUGAGAUGUGAAUAUUUAUUUCCUGAAGAAAAAUGUACAUUUAAUCUUGUAGAGCAUUGAAAUUCUGAAAUGAAUUGUAAGAAAGGUGCAAUACCUCAGCAUGGUGGAGCAUGAAAGUGUCGUUUUAUUCUGUUUCAGUAGCUCUUCAGAGUUCAAAUUCCUCAGGCCGUCUUGAGAGAAGACUUCCUCAUUUUGAUGAGGUACCUGUCUACUAGCUUUCAGAGGUUGUAAAACGAGGGAGGAUAGUAUUUCCAUCUUGAUUUUAGUGUAAGCAUGUAAGUAUAAAUUUAUCCAAAUGACUAAAUGGUUCCAAUUACUCACCUGUUGUAUUGGAGAAAAGUUCCUUGGUGCCACAGUAGCUGCUUGGGGUAAGUUAUCUCCAGCUGGGUACUUCAGUCACUUGUAUGACAGUUAAAAUGAUAGAAAAGUCUGAGUUUAAAGGGGUGCCACGUUAAUAACUCAUAGCUCUAGAAUCUUGUAGUUCCAGAAUGCUUUUAACCUAAGAAUACAAAACUGUGGAUGUUCUGAUCAGAAUGUAGAAUAAUUUCUUGGUUACCUGACUUUCCUCUUUGCUAAGUACUUGGCAUCUGAGAGAAUCAGACCUGAAAUAGCUGUGGGAUUCAAACUUUGUCCCAUGCUUUUACAUGCUCUCUUUUUUCCCUCUUUCAUAUCCUUCUUAGUUCAAAUGGUACCCUCAUUUUGAGGAGGGGUGGGAGGUGUCUUUAUCAGAUUCUGAUCUUUUCUUGCAAUAUGCUGUAUGUUUAAAAUUUGUUUUGGAUGCCUGUGGCAUUAGUUAGGUGGAAUUUUAGUUACACUUUGAUCAGCAAGACAAGGUUUAAGCCAUAGUGGCUGCUACUUUGUUUUACAGGAGGCUAUCUACAGCCUGUUGGGUUCAGAUAGCUACAAAACAGCAACAGACUGUACAUUCUUUGUACUGCUUUUUUCAAAAAAGAAAGAAUCAGAUCUCUACUUAUUAAUUGAUGGAAAAUGUUAAGCUUAAAAGCAAAAUAGAGACACACGGGAAAAAGCUAGUAGUUGUAUGGCUCCAUGGUACUGAAGCUGUAUAUCUAGGUGCUUGUACCCGCUGUAAUACAAAUGUAAUCAGUUUACACUCUGUAACAUUAAUGAUUUGCUUCCAUGGUAACUUUUUCUCUAAAAAGGCUUAGAAGGAGCACUGAAAGUCUGAUUGCAAUAGGACUGUAAACAAUAGAGAACAUUCUUUUCUAAUAUGAUGUUAAAUACGAGGAAGAAAGCUAGCUGCCUGACAAACCUGUCUAAUUUGUGUGUGUAUCUGGUGUCACCCUUUGUCUCUGUUAAGACACAAACUAUUUUUCUUUAACUGGGAAACUGAUUAAAGGAUGGUUAUAGUAUACUCUGUAUGGGGUGCUUACUAAGAAGAGCAAUCAAGGUCUUUGCAAAGCUUUCCUGGGCUUAACUUUUAGUUCUCAUAUUGUGGUUUGAAACCUGUGAAGAACAUUCUCUGGGGGGGGAAAAUAAAAAGUUUGAAUUCAUUCAUAUGCAUUUACAUCAGAGUGCGUAUAAGGUGUUGAAGCAAAUAAAAUGGCAAUAUUUACUGUUCAUCUAUGCUGAAUGGCUUAAAGCCAUUUCUUUUCUCUUAACACUCUGAGCUUUGAAAUCAGUUGAUGCAUUGGUCUAUAAAUAUUAAUAAAUUUGACUGUUUUGGGGGCUCUUGAAACUGAAACUCAUUCUUAUAAGCCAGCUUUUCAUGGCCAAUGUUGUUAGAUUUAUUGGUUUAAAGUUCUUGAGCUUAUGGGUUUUGCGGUUCUUGGGCACAGAAAGGACCUGGUCGACAUGCAAUUUUCCAUUUAAGGAUUGCAAAAUUAACUUAAUCUACCAAGUGCGAAUGUUAGUAGUAUUCAAAGUUUGUCUGUUUUGACUAUUAACUCUGAUAAUCGUACUUGCAUUCUCUCUCAUCUGGCUAACUUUAAAAUAUUUCCAAAUUACAAAUAAAUUCUGCAAUUAAAAAAAAUAUAUGUUGAAGCUUGAAUAUAGUUCAUAACCAAAGCAAGGAGAAAAUGGUGGGUUUUGUUUGGUUUUUAUUUUGGUUUAUGUGUUUGUUUUUUUUGAUGUUUUGGUUUUCUUUGGGGGGUGUAGAUUAGAAUAUAUGGUACUGCUUACAUUUUUUUUUUUCCCAGGUUCUCCACUAAUUAUAUGGCUAAAAUGCACUUUUGUAUAGAAAACUGUCCUAUGUACAUUCUGUAUCUGCUUUCCACAAUGUUUAUAGAGAUUAUUUCUGAAAUUGUGAAGGAUUUACCAAUAGCUGCCAUGCUGGUGACUGAUGCUGUUUACAUCAAGUUUUCAUUGUAUUUGAAAAUAGUCAUGUGCAUAUUGGAGUACAGGUUGGAAUUAAAACUGAUGACAUAGCAAA